GUUAAAGUUGUUGUGAAACAAUAUAAACAUAAUAUAUUGUUGUACGCGUUUUUGUCAGUUUGAAAAAAGAAAUGAAUAUGAACGUGUUUUUAUGGUUUUUAGCGGUUUAUAUACCCCUGCAGUCAUUGGCACAGCCUGUAUUAUUACGGGCUGAAGAAGAAGAAGAGAACGAGGUGGCUGACAGUGGUGGCGAACCAGACUUGUACAGUGGUUUGGUGCACUUAGGGUCGGCCAUUUUCGGUACUCCAGACAUCAAGUCAGGUGAAGCAGUAUCAACCUGGAAGGAAACCAGUCAACUAAAUCCCGAAGAAAUGGGAGAGUACGCAGAAGGUGACAUAUUACAUCCGAUCGGAACAAGCAGGAAUGGAUUGAAAGCCGUAUCGUCUAGAUGGCCCAAAGGCGUUAUUCCGUAUGAAAUCAGCCCUUAUUUCGGUAAAAUUAUUUUAAAAUAAUCGUAUUAUAAUACAAUUAGUAAAAUCGGGUUAAUAAACGACUAUAUAUUAUACUAUACAUAUACAUAUGAUUAAAUGAAAGAUAUUAUUUCCGUAUUGUUGUUUUUUCUCCGCGUCUACUUAGAUCAUAAUAAACAAUACAAACAAAAUAUAUCAUCUUAUCGAGUUAUACAAAUUUAACGCAGUCUUAUAGAAUAGAUUACUUGCAAAAGUAUUUACAUCUAUUGGUUAAGGGAUAGCUCACUGGUUUUUUUGUUUUUUAUGUAAUACAACGUAUUACAUAAAAUAUUUACGUAUUUAAAUAUAAAUUACGAAGUUCAGAUUUUUAAUUAUUUUAUCGUUUGUCUUUGCCUGUAAUUAAAUUAUUACUGUUAUAGGGAAUUAAGUAACGCACGAUUAGUUUUCAAUUAUACUCACAGUAAAGGUAUCCACAAAAAUCUGAUUAAAAAUUCAACAAGAUUUUUGCCAAUUCUCAGGCUAAUUAUCCCAUUAAUAUGAUUUCCACGCUAUUAAUCCAAACGUAUAUGAAGUAUAUCACUGAAAUGAUAAAUAAAUAAAACAUUUACAUUUAUAUAUUUUUUUGUUAAUAAAACAAGCAUGCUACAUAAAAAGAUUCCUAUAGGAUUUCUCACUUUUGAUUUUCAUAUAACUACAAAUGAACGUUUUUGAAAUCAUAUUGUAACAGUAAAAAUAUAAAUAUUUGUAUAUGUGUAUUAUAUUUUAAUUUAGCGUCUAAUGACAGACAAAUGAUAUUGAGUGCAAUCGAUGAAUAUAAAAAGCUAACAUGCUUAAAGUUCACUCCUAGAACUUCUUCAGACGCUGAUUAUAUUUAUUUCACUAAUGGUAACACCGGAUGUUGGUCAUCAGUGGGGAAAAUUGGAGGAAGACAAGAAGUAUACCUAUUAUUUUAUGUCCUAUAUAAGUUUUAUAAUAUAUAUUUAUUUUAUGAUAGAUAAUCAAUAGUGUACAAUUAUUAGUAUUUCAAAUUUUAAUCCUAAUUUGUAUGGACAAAUUUGUAUAGGUCAAUCUACAAACACCAGGGUGUUUGUCUAAAAAAGGUACGGUAAUACAUGAAAUACUUCAUGCCGCUGGAUUCAUGCAUGAACAGAACAGACCAGAUAGGGAUAAGUACGUUACAGUGAACUACGACAACAUUCAAUCUGGUUAGAAUACAAAAACACCACGCAAUGAUUUUUAAAAGCCUUAAAUUAUUUAUUAAUUUUUAGGAAGGGAGAAUAAUUUUGAAAAAGCCCAGAGUUCAAUGAUUGACAACCAAGGUAUAGGCUAUGAUUAUCGUAGCGUGAUGCAUUAUUCGGCAAAUGCUUUCUCUAAAAAUGGUCAACCGACCAUUAAUCCGAAGGUAUAUAAUAUUUUUUUUUAUGUGUCUAUACGUAUAUGCAGUAGAUUCUUGAUAUUAUGUCGAAUAAUAUCCACAACUACUCCUAAAUUAAUAUUUCAAUUAAAGUAAUGUUCUUUUUUAAAAUCCAUAUGUUUUAAUUUUGCGGAUAUAUAUUUCUUUGGACCUUCGAGAUAUCAGGAGUCUACGGUAUAUCUUUUAUAUAGAUACAAUCACGUGAUUAAUAUACCGUAUAAUUUAAUACUUAUAUAAUUUGUUGAUACGGUUUUCAUAUAAAUUAUUUAGACCCAAGGAGUGACAAUGGGACAAAGAGAAGGCUUAAGUAGAAAAGAUAUUCAAAAGAUUCAGAAGAUGUACAAUUGCAAAAGUAAGAGACAGCAUUCUUCUUCGUCUAUUGACUAAAUAAUAGAAUAGUAUGUUUUCAUAAUUAUUAUCUUCUGUGUGUUAGGCGAAGUAUUUUUUGUCGUUAGAUGUAUUUUUUCAUUUUCCAAUAAAUUUAUAAACUAAUUAAAUUAUUUCAAAACAAACAAAUUAAUUAUUUGUGUGUAAAAAAAUAUAUAUGUAAUUCUACUGAUAUCAAUAUAAGUACCUAGGUAAUAUAUAAUUAUAAUAUAUAAAAAUAUACAUGAUUUAUUUAUUUUACAAAACGAACUUAUAUUUAUUUUUUAGUGCUAUACUGUUUAUUUAUAAUUUUAAAUUGACCAUUGUGGUUGCAUACUCUUAAAUCUAUGUUCAUUAUAUACCAAACAGUAUACCUAAUACCUUUUAAUCAUACACAUUGAGAAAUUAGAAAUGAUUAUUAUUAUUAUUAUUAUUAUGAAUUAAAAGUACCUAUUUGUGAUACAUAUUAUAUCAUUACAUAAGUAAAAAUCUGAGUAGAAAGUAAAUAAUUUAAAUUUUAAACGUUUUCGGAGCUAUAAAAAUCUAAAAUAGAACAAGGAUUAUGUUCAAUACGAAAAUAAAUAUAAUAUUAUACCUAGGUAUUCUCACGAAAAUGUGUUGGCGUAAUAAUUUUAGUUCUUCAAUAAACAUUAAUUGAUAAUUUUGUAAUAUGUAAUCAAAGAAAAUUUUAAAAAGGGCAUAAUAUAGUAGAGGUAAUUGCUGUCCUUGAAUAAUUUUUAAACUAGAUUAAAUAAGAUUUAUAAUAAAGUUGUAACGAUUACGAGUUUUAAGUGGGCCAAUUCGCAAUCGCCCUACAGUUACAUUGAAAAUACGGUUGGCGGGAACUUUACUUUGAUUUGAACGAAUCCGAAUUUAUUGUAGGUAUUUAAUAUUUUCUCUAUAUAUGACAAUGAUAAGUAAAAUUAUUUUUAUAAUAUUGACUUUUUAAAUAAAUAAAGUUUAUUUUCUAAUAUCCGUGCACACAAACAUAUAAUUAUAAUAGUUUUGUAGUUGAUAUUAAAUAGACAGUUUUCAGCUAGGAUGCCUAAUUACACACAACUUGGUUUUUGAACACAAGUUGAAAAUAUGUUUUUGCAGUAUUUUAUUUUAUAAUUUAGUCAUCAAAUUAUGUUAAUCGAUCAUCGUACAAAAAAUAAUUGUACUUAUUCGAUAAAUCCCAAUGAAUGUUACUAAAAUAUAAAACAUAGUAUGUUUAGUACAUUAUACUCCUGGUAAAAAAUUAUCAAUAUAUGCGUAAUGCGUAACUGCGUGAGUUGUGGACAGGUAUUAAGGACUUAUUGGGGAAGGCAAUACAGAUUUAUGUCAAUUUAUUAUUUAAAUUAUCUUGAGGUUUAAAAAUGUUUCAUUCAACAGUUUUAUUUUUGAUGACACACCAAUAUAAUAAAUAAUAAUAUAUUAUUAUAUUAUAAUCGUUUUUUCGAGUCUUUAUUUUAUUUACCCGAUCAUAAUAACAAUAUCAUUUCGUUAAUCGUUUAUGUACUAUGAUUAAUAUACGGACAUUUCUCAACUUAACCUCAAGCUGUUUACACAAUUAAUACAUUUUGUGAGCAUAAAAUGUAUAUAUACUGAAAAUAAGAUCGUGUAGGCACAUGGUUACAGUGGCCAGAUUAAAAAUGCUAGAAUAUGGGAAAAAAAAGAACAUUAUAGGAAAGAUGCUAUUUUAUGAUAAAUAACAACCUAAAAAUUAAUCUAAUAAUUACCUAUCUAUUAAUAUAUUUAUUUAAAAAAAAAAAAAAUUGUACUUUUUGGAAUUCGUGAGUAUUACUGUGUUCAUAUAUUGAUCUGAUUUUCUUUGUUGCUCGAAUGCUAUGCAUUUUCUUCUUAAUGUAUAUUACAAAUUGCACCACAAUGCAUUUUACAUAUUGUUUUCUUGGAUAAGUUUUAAUUAAGUUUAAUUUGUUUUUCAUUAAAAACAGAAUUUCUUUUAAGUAUAGUAUAUUUAUAACAUUAUACAAUUUUAUCUUUUACUGUGAAAUGUUAACUAUUUAGGGAAUGCAAUUAAAAAAUGUUCAAUUUAAAAUACUGACUAAAUAAUUGUUUUGAAUGUUUGAUAACAAAGAAUAUGAAAUCAUCUGCAAUGACUGAUAAACUAGUGCAUUUCAACUAGAUUGUGGUCACUGAUCAGUUACACAAUCUGUGCGUUUGAAUAUUUUUUCGUGGCACACACUGCAUGUAGGACAACAAUUAUUUAAAAAUUCACGAAAUAAAGUAAAAGACAUUAGUGUUACUCUUAUUACCUACUUCAAAUCACUUUCUUAGCUUUUAACGUCCACAAAAAGCGCUUAAAAACGUCAAAAAAAGUCCUAAACAAAUAUGUAAGAAAAUAAAAUGGUAGACGAAUUUAAAAGUCCUUCCCAGUCCUCACUGACGGCUCUAAUGUCCUUUGUGGUUAUCAAAAUAAAAUUAAAAUUUUUAACACUAAAAAAAUUUGUUUGUAAUAUGUACAAUUGUACAUAGUACUCCUAUCUCAGACUCGGUCUUCCCAGAGGUCGCUUUCAUGCAGAGUUUUUUUUUCGAUUUCGGUAUUUUUUAUUAACUCCCGUUUUCUCCACGCAUGUCCUGCCAAUUUUAAAAAUUUAUAUACGACUUCUUUUGUAUUGUUAGGGUAUCGACAAAUUUAUCUUUUUUCUAGUAAUAGAAAAUUGUAUUUAAUAAGUUAAAAUCGUUAAAUGAGGGACUUAAACCCUUCUACUAUUUAGGCAGUUUUGACUUUUUUAAGAGUUUUUUUUUUUUGUGAAAUUUUAAAAGUCCCAAGCACUAUUUAUAAGUUACAUAAAUAAUAUUAACUAUUAUUUAUGAGUUAUUACUGAUUAUUAAAAAAAAAACUCAUGUAUACUAGAUAUAUUUUUUUAAUACGGGACAUUUUAGCAUCCCGAAAGCAUUCAUCGAGACAACGGGACAGCAUUUUGAAAUACCGAACUUUUUCGUAUAAUACGGGCGUCAAUUCAACGCAUGUAGGUACCCUAAAAGGUUUCGAAUUCAACAAAGUAUCUAUGUAUUUGAAUGAACAAGUUCUAAUAAAAUUUACUUUAACAAAAUUUGUUCAAAGAAUUCAUUUGUUUAGUUAUAUUAUCGACUAUUAGUUAUUAGGUAACUAUGUUUACUAAAAAAAAAAAACAAUAAUAUGCUAGAUAUAUAUUUUAACUUACUACAACUUAUUUAUGUGUAUUGAGUGCAAAUCUUAUUCGCAUUAACUGUCUCAAUCUAGCUAACGAUCAAAUGUAGACAUAUUAAUACUGCGCAUCUCUUAUUAUACCUUGCCUAGUAACAAUAACAUUGUUAGAAGAUAUACUAAUACCUGCAGUACAUGAUAGGACAUAUGCAAACUGUAUGCUUACUUUUUGAGCUUUUUCUAACACUGUCGUUACCCAUUGUUAAGUUUCUAUCUCUAUCUCUCCCUUGCAAUUAAUGGAUAUAUAAAUUGCAUGUAUGCUAUCUGUUUCUAACAAUUUUUAUUCACGGACAUCAACAUAAUUGCAUACAUUAUGGUGUUUAGGUUGAAAUAAGAAUUUAACCACAAAUAACACAUUUUAAAAAGAAGAAAUAAAAAAAUUACAAUCAUUUUAGGAUUUUUUUUAUAGCCGUUAUUUAUUUUUCUUUUAAAUAAUUUAGAAAAUCAUAACGCAAUGUCCUCAAAAAUAUUCUCCUUUUUAAAUGUUCUAAUAUUUUAGGUUGAGUUUUAGUAAACUCUACAUUCUAAACAUCUUAAGUUGUAAGUAACGUUAUUCUACUACGUAGCUGACUCCAGGGACGUGCCAAAGAUGUGGUUUUAGAGUUCAAACCACUCCCAAAUCGACUGUUUUUUUUUUUCAAAUUAAAGUUAUUUAAAAAAUAAAAAUGUACAUAAGUAUAAUACUAUAGGAAAAUUCGAAAAUAUAACAAAUGAUAUUUGACAAUCUAUGGAUUUUAUUCGUUUUUCUAUAUUUCUGCGUACUUGGUGGUACGGCGGCAGUUUAUUAUCGCUGUUUUUGGGUUUUAUGUUGAUUUUAUUAAAAUCAGCCUUGACUAUACUGGUUGACAUUAUCGCGACACGCUAACAUAACCCAGUAUGACACAGCGUUAGCCAUAAUAUAAUAUUUUGUUUGUUUAGUAUUGACGUUUAUAUAAACGUGUAGUUCAGUAGUUGAGUACCAUGCAAUGUCUAAAAGUCGGUAUUAUCUAUUUUAAAAUGUAACGUUUUAAAUGGAAAUUUUAUUAGACAUAAGCGGCUCGUGGGAUUCAUUGGAGAUGGGGCUCAAAUAUCAAAACUUACCACCCUUAAUCGCUCUUGAUUUUAAAUCGAAUUCCAUUAAUUUUCUGUAUAAAAAAAACCUUGUGAUACACGCUUGUAUAUUGUAUAGUAGAUAAUAGAUAAACAAACAAUAUUGUUUAAUCAUUUUUUAUCCAUCUCGAUGUCUAUAAUAAAAUAAUUAGUGUUUGUCCUGUGCAUAGACUUAUAUAUCCAAAGGAACCAUUCAGCAUGAAAACGCUCUCCAGUUGGUGGAGUUUCAUUUCUAGGACAAAAACACGUGAGAUAAUAAACGAAGUAUUUUAAUUGGCUGUUCUCGGAUUGCAAAUUUGCUUCCUUUCACACUAGGCUUUAUAUCACCCUAUCUCUCCUGAUUUGUUCGGACCGACCUUCGACUAUAUAAACUUUAUAAGGUACCGACCAUGCCUCCCAGUGCUCUGAGUGAAUGUUCCGUCUAAAUGUAUAAGUCUAUAAUUCUGUGCCACGGCAGAUGAUUGACGAAUGACAAUGAUGUGAUGUGAAGACGAUAAAACCGAGAUAAUCUCGUAAAUCGUAAUAAAAAUAGAAUCCGGUCACAACGUUGUAUAAUUCACGUCAAAAAGUUGGUGGAAAUCUGGUAUUGUUUAUCAGGGCACAACGAAUAUGUUCUCAAAUUUACAUAAAAUAUCAAAUCUAUUUUGUUUUUGAAAUUAAUGUAGUACCUAUAUACUUACAUUAAUUUGAAUGAUAUUAUUCUAAGUUUUGAAAUAUAACUUUAAAACUUUAACGUUACGCUAAAUCACCCCCCCCCCCAAAAAAAAAAAAAGAAAUUCUGGACAAGCCCCUGGCUGACUCUUAAUCAAAUUUAAGUCAGUUUUUUUUUUCGUAUUGUUUAAAUUUUUAUUUAGUUUGUACCCAUAUAGGUUAUUGAUUCAGAGGAAACUAUUUAUAAAAUAAAAAACGUGGUUAUAGCCUUAUCCAAUUUUUUAUAUUACUUUAUGAUUUGUGUAAUGAAUGAAUGGCUAAUUACAAUCUCUAAUUAUUAUAUUAUGGCAUACACUUCGUAAGACACUACUUUCCGACCUACUUCCCGAACUUGGUCAAUUAUAGCCUAUAGGUUGUGGGUUUGUGAUAUUUCAUAUAUGAAUUUUGAAUCGUAUAGGUCUUCACCGUUUUAGAUAAUAUUUUAACAUUUUAAAAUUAAAAUAAUGGAAAUUCAUAAUUUUUAAAUUAUAAUCCAAAUUGUGACAAAAUAUAUUUCAUAUAAAUUAUAUUUACUAAUAGAGAUUGAUAUCUAAUAUUUUUUACCCAUGAACAUUUACCCCUUGAUAACUAACCCCGUCUACAAUACAAACUUCCUAGAGACUUUCGAUAAACUAUCAGGCGAUAAAAUAUUUCCCUUAUGAAUAAUUUAUUAUCCACUGGUAAAAAUUCACUAUUGGAAUUUGACCGGUGGAAAUCAUAACAUUUCACUAAUGAUUAUUAAUAUGUAUAAAUUGGUAUUAUUAGUUAUUAAUUAUUAUAUAUUGGUCAAAUAUUUUACUUCCUCAUCCCCGUUCAAAUAUCACUGUUACUAUUCAUCUAUUAUAUGACUGUAUUAUCAUUUUUUUAAUUAUUGAAAAUAUUUAUCAAGUUCUAAAAAUGUAGGUAGAUUUCAAAAAAAAUAACUAUGUAUAAAGAAACUCGUGUUUUUAAAAUCAUUUUUUUUUUAUUUUAGUUUUCUGUAUGACGUAAUACAUAUACACCCGGUAUACCGUAUACGGUAUUUUCAUAUGUACAAUUAUACCUACAAAUUAUAUACUUUUAACCUCAUAUAAUGUUUGAAUUAUUUAUUAAUCACACUGUUUUAAAAAAUAUAGAAUCGGAUUAUGCAGAUUCGGGCGUAGAUUCGGAAUCAAAUUCGAGACCCGGUGUUUUUGAAACAGUGCAAAAUUGGUUGCAGUUGAAAUGAUUGAUAAGAAGCAUUAAGACAUCAUAUCCAUUACAUAAAACGACAUUAUUAAAAUCGUUUGUUUAAAAAAUUUGUUUAUAAAAUGUAUAAUGUAUUUUAUUGUCUAUAAUUAAUAAUAAAAUUAUAAAG